CGUUUUCAUGAUUCCCGGCCUAGUCCUGAAAGUCUCAAAUUCUGUCUGCACAAAAAAGCUUGUGCCAAACGCUUUCAACUUGAUCAUUGACUAUCCAGGAAAGAAUACAACGUGGUGGCCCUCUGGAGAUCAACAAAGAAACCCCCCCUUACAGAAGAAAUGAAAAUCCGAUAUUUUCAAGGAAAAAAGCACUUGACUGUAUGACUGAUCGCUGUGUCUAUAAGAAGGCAGAAGCAUCAGACGGUAUCUUCAUUCACUGAAUACCCCAACACAUCCCCGAGUGGUAGAGUUUGUUGAAAAAUAUGGGGAAAUAUGCCCUGGCUUCUCUCUUUCUACUACUAAACUUGGCUGCUAAUUUGCUCAAUUCUCUUGCUGUACCCUACUGUCCUCCUCCAAAAUAUCCCCCGAAACUCCCACCUAAACACCCUCCCCACAUAAAGCCACCCUUUCAUCCUCGCCCACCGAAGUCUCCUCCUGUGGUAAAGCCUCCCCACAUACCUAAACCUCCAGUAACACCCAAGCCUCCUGUUUACCCUCCCCAUGUCCCCAAACCUCCCAUUGUAUUCCCACCGCCUUAUGUGCCCAAACCUCCCGUUGUUUACCAGCCACCACCAGUUGUGCCGAAGCCUCCCCCAACAGAAACGCCAUGCCCUCCUCCCCCACCUCAUGCUCUACCAUCGCCGACUCCACAAGGACCGCAAACAUGCCCCAUCGACACUCUGAAGUUAGGUGCAUGCGUGGACGUAUUAGGCGGCCUUGUGCACGUAGGGAUUGGCAGUAGUGCUAAGGACACAUGCUGUCCAGUGCUGCAAGGACUGUUGGACUUGGAUGCCGCUGUAUGCCUCUGCACCACCAUUAAGGCUAAGCUUCUGAAUCUCAAUAUCAUAAUUCCCAUCGCUCUUGAGCUCCUCGUUGGUUGUGGCAAAACUCCACCGCCAGGGUUUAAAUGUUCCGCAUAAAUAUUAGGCCGGAAUAUAUAAUAUGUGUGGAAGGAAAAUAAAACGGAAGAUCGAUCUACUUUUUACAGAACUUGUAUGUUAAUCAUGUUCCGUCCAUAUAUCUAGCUCACUGUGUAUCAAAAUGAUAUACAUACUGUGGGAAUAAAUGUUUUAGUGGGACAAUAUUGCGUUGUGUUAUACGCAUGCGCAGUAGCUGCAUUUACGUACGUAUUAUGAAUAAACUUGUUUAAUUUCGUAUA